AUGUUAAUAUCUAUCAUUAUCGUUAUAUCUUUCUUUCUUUAUAGUAUUUAUUUCCUUCUUUCUUUCUUUCUUUCUUUCAGUCUGUCUGUCUGUCUGUUUUUCUUCCUUUCUUUUUUUCUGUCACCCUUUCUUUCUUUCAUUCUGUCCCUCUUUCUUUCUUUCUUUCUUUCUUUCUUUCUUUCUGUUUCUUUUUUAAUCGUUGUUUGCCUUUACUUUAAAUUUUCUUUCAUUUUUGCUUCUUUUAUUUGUUAUAUUCUGUCUCUUUUCUUCUUUUCUUUUACUCACACUUCUCUCUAUGUUUUUUUUUUCCGUCGUCGGCGUUGUCUAAACGGCAUGCCUCUCUGUUUGUCUUUCGUCUUCUCCACCCCACCUCCCUCUCACUCUCUCUCUCUCUCCUCUUUUCUCUCUCUUCUUACUUUAUCUUUCUCUCCUUCCCUUGUAACUACUAUUUGCGAGCCCCUUUUAUGCUUUUCACCCUCUUCACUCUUCUCCCAAUCAUCCUCUAACGAAUAUGUAUCUGUCUUCUUCUUCUUCUUCUUCUUCUUCUUCUUCUUCUCUCAAUCUUUCUCUCUCUUUUCUCUUUAA